GAAGAAGAAUAAUAAAAAAACACUGUUUUUAUUUUUGUUUAAAAUUUUUCCUACUUUAAUGAUUAGAGUGAUAUGGUAUUAUAAAUCCCACGAAGUUAUUUAAGGCAAAAUCUUAUAAAUGCACAUUUUAAUUUAUUUUAAGUUUAAAAUUUAAACCGAUAAAAUGGAAUCGAAACCUAAAGAAAAAGUAAUGUCUUAUGAAGAGAAAUCUGUAGGGUCCACUCCAUUCUUUAAAUGUGAAGCAUGCCCAUACAUGGCCCUAGCUGAAGAUGACAUUAAAUUUCAUUUAUUUACUGUUCAUCCUGAUUUAGCGAAAAGCAAUGGUCUUGCAGAUAAUAUUCAAAUUCCUUGCCCUGGCUGCACUAAUGUAUUCGAUGCAGAAGAGACCUUGAGAACGCACUUACGAAACCAUCAUAAAAUGGGUAUAAAAGAUGUCAAAAAAAUGAUAAAAAGCCUCGUUCAAAUAGCGCUAAAGAAUGCAAAAUUAAAGAAAGAAGUCCCCCAGAGCAUAACUCCAGCAAGGCAGGAUGUAGCCGAUGUGAAAAUCCCACAAGUUAUAGAAAUUGUUCCUGAUGUAUCAAACACAAACAGUGAACAAUUACCUAGAACUGUUGCAUUUAUAUCUGUAGAUGAGUUAAACAAAAUGAGUGUGCCUAAUUUCGAAGAGAUUGACCCUAAAGAAGUAAUACAAGAAGCUAGUAUAAAUAUUGUAUACACAAAUGAUAUAUCAACCCAAUAUGUUAAUGUUUCAAAUUCCAAUAUAUCCAGUUCACCUUGUAAUAUGAUUCAAGUAUCAAGUGUGACCCCCGAUUUGAUAUCAUCUAUACAACCAUGCGUAAAUAUGUCAGAAAACUUGUUGCCAUCAAAAAAAGACGAACAAACACAGAUAACAGAUGAAACCAUGCCUUAUAAAUAUAAAGGAAGGAACGUGAAUAUGAAUCCAGAGAAGAAUGGUAUAUUGUGUUCAGUAAACAAAUGUCACAUACGUCUGAAAGAUCCAAAGAAUUUGUCAUAUCAUAGGAAAUGUCAUCAGAAUGGUAAGCUGCAGUGUCCUGAAUGUGGGAAAGUCUUCCAAAAUGUGGACCAGUGUCACACACACUUGUGGAAGAUACAUGAUAUUGAUGUAGAAUUGCCCACCUGUGUGGUGUGUGGAUUCAAAACUUUCAAGAGGCACAGACUGCUCAAUAUUCAUAUGAAAUGCCACGAAAAUUUAAGAGGCUAUAUAUGCUCAAUAUGUUACAAAUCGUUUAAAAACCCCAACCAACUGUCAAAACAUCGGCUAAUCCACAAAACGGGGAAUGCACACGAAUGUCACAUUUGCAAGCGACAAUUCAACAGCCAGUCCCGUUUGAAGGCGCAUGUAGCAGCCGUUCAUGAUAAGUUGAAGCCUUUUAAGUGCUGCCAUUGUGACUACACUGCAGCUAGGAAGGAAGAACUCAAGUUGCAUUUGCGAUCACAUACAGGCGAUAAGCCGUAUGCAUGCGAUCAAUGCAGUUACCGCUCCGCAGAUCACAACGCCAUGCGCAGGCACAAGAAGGUCCAUUCAAAAGAUGUUGUAUAUAAAUGUAAAUACUGCCCAUAUAGUUCUAUUCAAUCCACUGUGUUCACUUCUCACAUGAUAUCCAAACAUCCCAACAUAAACUCCAAUGAUAUCCACUACUGUUCAUAUUGUCCAUUCAAAUCUGUCAAUGAAGAGAAAUAUCUAAUGCAUCUCACGACGCAUAGAGAUAAAGAAGACAUUCAAAUGCUUGUUGAAUUAACGAAAAAUAAAAACAAACCCUCGUGGACGAUACCAAGUGAUGGAUCGGAGAAAACGGAUAAGGAAGACGGGAACAAAGAUAUAAGUAUAGAUAAAAACAAAGAAUCUAGUCCAAAAACUGUAAAUAAAAUACCAAUAGAAGUGUACGAUUGUGACAGUCUUCCGGAGACACUGCCACAGGAAUAUCCAAAAAACUAUUGCACAACGUCAUCAAAUUCGGAUCAGUCGAAUUUCAACAGCCAGGAUAUGGUCACAGAUCUCAGCAAAGACGACAAUAACUCGGAUUGUCUCAUAUCAGAGAGCUCGAAUGAUACUAUGCUAGAUCGACACCAGUUUAAUCCACAACAUUCAUUGCAAAUGACAUAUGACACGACACAGUCGAACUUACAUUAUCUCAAUACUUCGGUGUCAAUGGAACAAACGCUUCUUCAAACGGCGCACGUAGACUCGCUCGCGACAAGUCACUCGCCAAUCGUCAACAGCAUAAGCAAUAACAUCAUGGCCAACUUCCCGAUAAGACUUCCUCCCGCACCGAUAUCUAUGCGAAAUAAUAUCACUUUGAAACCGGUUGAUAAAAUAUCGCUUUCGAUGCCAAAGAUUACGGGACCCAUCAUAACACCUACCCAAAUUCUGCCAGUACCCUCAUCUAGUCAUUCACCAAUAAAUAUCACAAAUGACAACGAUGGUGUUCCCAGGAAAAAAGCGAAGAUAUCGGUCAAGAGUAAUCUUAUUCUAAAGGGACCAGAUCAAGUCAAUAUGUUCCAUUCCCAACAAAAAAUGGCUUUCAAACAGUUGGAAGACAACGAGAGAUAUGGCUUAGGUGGUCCUGUGACAUUCAACAAUUUAAUAACGACACAAUUCAUGCAGCUACCCCCAGAACCCGUUUUAAGCGAAUCUCCAAAUACGAUAAUGACGUACGCCCAAGAAAAUAUGCUCGGUGAUUCGGCUACGACUCCUGUUGAUUCCGAAAUGGCGGACGACCCACAGAUAUUCUCAUUUAAUCAACAGAUGAAUGUCAGCUCCAUGACAAUGCUGCCACCGCCACAGAAAAUUCAAACAAAUGACCCUAGUUACAUCAAAUUAGAAGCGACCAUUAAACAAAACACUCAGUCGCCAAGUCUGGAAAGGAUGUGCAAUGCUAACUUAUUAAACAACCAAGCUCUGAGUAGAGAAUAUAAAGCAUCGCCACCGUUAGAAGACAUCCAUAAAAACAUGAGCGAAAUUAAGAACGAAGUAAAAUCCGAUGCAUUUUACACGAUGCCUCUAAAUAACUCGACUGCCAAUCCGCCUAUAAUAGAUCAGUACUUAAUAGAUAAUAUAAUUCCGGAACAAUAUCCAGCGCAUAUGGAUUUGUCUGCAGUAACCAUGCCCGAAUUACCCGACCACCAGAAUGACGUCAUAGAAAUCGACGAUAAUUCAGAUGACAACAAGUUGUUACCGCGUUUCGACAUGAAUUUCCCCUUAGAAUCUCUUUACUUGAUGCAAAAUGAUUUCCACUUCUUAGAGAAUGAUAUUCAAAUGAACAACAGUUCAGAAACAGUAAAUGAAAUGAAUAGAAUGGUAGCAGAAGUGCCUAUAAUUACCCAAAAGGAAAAUUUAGAUAUGACGUCUAAUGAGGUUAAUAGUGAUUUUCACAAUUAUAUCCAAGGAAAGAAAGAUCCGAUGAUGAACACGUCGGUGAGACCGACUAAUAAAAUAAAUGUAAAGAAUAUAGAAUUAAUGAAAAAUUGACUUGUUUAUAAGUGUAUAUAGAUGUGCAAUUGUAUAAAUAUAGUAAAUCAAAAAGUAUAUUGAGUUAACUCUGUUGUAGACUUAAAAGUAUUUUAAAAUAAGUUAAACAAUAAAAGA